AUGCCUCCAUCCGGCAGCCAACGAUCGCGUAAGUGGGUUAGUGGGGUUAACGGUGGGACGGGGGCACUGAUUGCGCAGUGCCUGGUGCUCCUGAUGAUCGUCAACGAUCGUGCGGAUGCCAUUAGCUACCGGAAGGAUACUGGCUUCGCGACCGACGGGAAGGAUCAGUUCGUGUUCCGGGCACCGGAAGCGACCAGCGCGGACCCUCGUCCAGGGACGGUCAUUUCGUUUCAAGCGCAGGAUGUGAAGCGAGCCGGACGCGUCCGCUUCCUGGACUCGUCCGAACAGCAUCGCUCCGACAGUGGCCCGUUCUUCGCACCGUCUUCCAGCGCCACCGCCCCGAAUGCCGUCCCUUUUUACAAUCGCGAUCAGGGUGGCGAUAAGUUCUACACGGUCGGUGCCUCCAUUCAGUUUGCGGGUGCCGGAGGUGAUACGAUCACACCACCACCGCCACCGCCACCGCCGCCACCACCAUCACCAGACACUGCGGGCUACCAACAGAAAGUGAAACGAAAGAAGAAUAAAUUCAAGUACGCCAGUCAGAAGGUCUACAACGUCGCGGGUGGGCAAGAGCAAGACCAGUACGUUCCGUUUGGGGCUCCUCUGCACGACAAUUAUCUCACGGGACCCGCAGGAGCACAGUACGAUCAAACGAUCGCCAACUACCCUGAACUCCAGACACAGCAGUAUCCGUUUAGCAUGAACUCACACUAUCCCGGUGCGUAUGGCUACAACGGGCAGCAGGGAUCCGUCGGAGGUCUGUACCAGCAAUACCCACAGCCCCAGUAUCCUUCAGCGGCGUACCAAUCACCCUAUGCGCCCAGUUCCCCGUACAGACCUCCGUAUCAGGGUGGAUCGGCGCCAUAUUACCAGCAGCCUCAGCCGUCGAGUGGGACACAGCCGCCAAAUGCGCAAAGCAUUCUCGGGGUGCUACAGAGCAUCUUCAACUUUGCCCCCGGAACGUUCGGCGGAAGCGGGGCACAGACAUUCGGUGUCAACCGACCGGCCUACGCUCCCAAUCCGACACCCAUUCCCGGGUUCUCGGGAGGUGUCGGUGGACAGCUACGGCAAGCAUUGGACAAUAUUGCGGACAACGAUGAGCUUCAGUGCGUUCCGAAGUUAAUCUGUAUGAUGUCCCGCAGCUCGACGGGCCAAGGCUUCAGUAGCUCCGUCAAUCGGGGUCUCCUAUCGACUAUCCUUGGAGCUGUCCCGGACAGCUCGCCGUGGCUGAAAUUUUCACGGGCCGCAUUAUUGGGGUACGGGAUAGGGGCCAACAGUUGCGAUGCCUACUACCCAAAGUGCCCCAAGGAUGAGAUGCAGAUUCUGUACUACUUGAACAAUCACCGGGGCGGAUUCUUCCGCUUCUUCAACAACGGUGACCAGCAGCCGCAGCAAUACGGUUGA